AUGCGCUCUCAGUCGAUUCUCUCCAUCAUCGCCGCAGCGGCUCUUGGCCGUGUUGCCGCCCAAACCACUGGCGAGCUCGGUGACGCCACCGUUGUUAGCAACCCUCCUGGUUAUGUCUACGAGGCCGUCCUGCCUGAGCAGCCUUUCUUCAAGGCUGGCUCUCUUGACGGUAACGUUAAGGGAUCCAUCGUUGCCUUGUCUGCGCCGGACGGAAAAGGUGUCCAGUUCAAGGUCAAGUUUUCCAACCUCCCCGAGGAGGGUGGCCCAUUCACCUACCAUCUCCACGUCGACCCUGUCCCCGCCGAUGGCAACUGCACCAAGACUCUCGCUCAUCAUGACCCUUUCAUCCGUGGCGAGGCUACUCCUUGCGACUCGUCCAAGCCAGAGACUUGCCAAACUGGUGACCUGAGCGGCAAGCACGGCUCUGUCGCUGUCGAUGGCUUCGAGCAGACCUAUGUCGACCCCUACUUGUCCAUCGUUGAGGGUCCUGGCUCCUUCUUCGGCAACCGCAGCUUCGUCUUCCACUUCGCCAACAAGACCCGCAUCAGCUGCGCAAACUUCAAGCUCAUUUCCAAGCCCGAUGCUCCCCACAGCAACUGCACCACCACGACCAUUGCAGGCACCGGUGCCGUCCCCGCCCCCACAUCGACAAAGCCUCCCGGCACGGUUCCUUUCCCCGGAGCUGCCUCUACGAGUGGUGCCUCCUUCUCUCUGCUAGUUGCGGCUUUCGGUGUCGUCAUGUUCGCGCUAUGA